CGAUUGAUAUUUUGACCUCCUAUGACCUGCACCGUGUGGUUACAGGCAUUGUAGAUAUCACCGUCUACUACAAUCAUUAUACGAUGCAAGUGCGUCGAGCUAAAACAAGUUGCGAGUUGAAUUAACAUAUCCACGUGUUAAACAUUUUCAACCAUCCAUUUUGACUCUAAGCAAAAAAGGGCAUUCGCCCGCGCACUCGCAGCAGCUCGUACGUUUAAGGAAACCUCAGCGACCACCGGCGAUGGCCCACUGAUCUGACUGCCAGAUCUUGAUGUGGGUUCCUGGCUGAUAGGCAGGCUUGACUACUGAGGUGUCAGUUUUCUAUAUAAACCACCCAUCAAACCACGCUUCCUGGUUUCCAUCAGUCAACUGUAGUUCUUUGCAGAAACAUGCACAUGUGAAUCUGUUCCCAGAAAACGCGCCCAUUUCCAAGGGGUUCAUAUAGCAACAUGCGCAGUUGUUGUUUAUACCUCGCAAACCGAAAAUUUUGACGGGACAGUUUGAUUGUUCCAAGUGCUCGCUCAACAAAGCACCAUUUUCCAACAAAGUUACCAGUGUGUAUUCGUUUGCCAAAGAUUUAUCUCUGAGGGGUGUUUAGCCCUUUUCAAUGCCCCAAAUUUAUCUGCCGGUGGGACUAUAAUUGCAGAGGCAAAGUCUGCGUGAAGUCACCACAAGUCAACCCAGUGCGGCACUGUGGUUAAGCGGGAGCAUCAGGACCAACUAGUGGUUAGGCCAAAGUCCGAUUGUGUGUUAAUUAUAACGCUGUUAUCAUGAUCUGUUCCGCAUAAAUCCAUUAGGCCAUUUUAAGCUGGCCAGGACAAGAACUUCAAUCAAAGGAGAAAUAGAAUUUGAAAACAUGGCUGGCAAGGGGACUGACAUGAAGGAGACUUACUACAGUGACGAGGUAGUCAUAAUUAGACUUCUUACUAAUUCAUUUCUUAUUUUCAUCUGUAUCGAAGUCUGUAUUAUGUUGAGGAAAUCUUUUAAUUUAAUUAUGUAUAGGUAAGCUCUUACGAGCUUCGGCCUCUUGCUAUCUACUUUCAUGUAAAUAACUGCGAGCUUGCGCUUGCCGUUGAAGAAACUGAGAUAUGACUUGAGGACAAAUCUAUGCAGUACAGUCAUUAUCAAUGAGAGACUCAGACACACAAAACGCCAAAAGUGGCAAAUUGACGAGUUUUGCUAAGUUCUGUUUCUUUCAGAGCUCAACAUGGUUCAAAAUGGCACACCCAAAUAUACAAGGCACUACCCAAAGUAGUUAUGAUUUUUGCAAAAAUGUCAAAUGGUGUAAGUGCAUCACACUACAACAACAAACAAACCACAGGAGCACGAGAUCUCGUGACUACCAUGAGUAGCUUUAACACAAUGCAUUCGACCUUGGAUUGCUUCAGUGUGACAUAUCUGUGGAACACAUUCAUGUUGACCGCAGUUACAAUCAAUUUGAAAUCAGAGGUACCUAGAAAAACUGCAAUACUCGACCUGUGAUGGUCUGAUUACAUUUUUAUCACUGCGUGUAGUCCUACAUUCAUGCAAUUCAUGCAGGCUGUAGUAAUAGAACAGGGUUGUGUAUUAUCUGUCAUCACAUUUGUUGGUAUUGCGGUGGAAAGCCGGGGCUAUGUAGCAUGAUAAAAACCACAGAAUGAAGAACUUAAUCACUGACUAAAGUGUCUAGAUUACACAUAAAAAGGUGGACUCGUACAAAAAUGCACUUAGUUUUCGCGGGUGAAUUAAUUUCCAGACAAAUUUUUCGAACGAAAACGGACAGCUACAGGGUGACGGUAAUGAUAAGAACUAAAGAAGUGGGAAGACUUUUAGCUGGAAAACGCUUGGAAUUUUAUUUCCUGCAGAGGACACCCCUAAGACCACGCAUUAGGAAUCGACCAAGUCCAGGCCUGAAGCUGUCCAUGCGGUCGAAGGUCUUCUAUGGUCUAGGCGGAAUCCCUUACCAACUAACCAACACCGUACUCGGAUUCUACAUCAAUGUGUUUCUGCUGGAAACUGCUAAGGUUCCACCAUUCUACACAAGUGCAAUCGUUCUGAUUGGCCGCAUUUGGGACGCUAUGACUGAUCCUAUAAUUGGCUUUCUCGUCUUCCGAACCAAAACCAGACGAUUUGGCAAGCACAAACCAUGGAUGCUCGUGGCAACUUUCCCUGCCAUCGCCUGCUUCAUGUGUUUCUUUAUUACUCCUGAGACUACCAAACCUUACCUGAAACUUGCCUGGUACCUUGUCUUCUACUGCUUCUUCCAAACAUUCCUCACGUUUUAUCAGAUGCCUUUUGCCACACUCACACUUUGCCUAACCGAUAACCAAGCAGAGCGAGACAAGGCGACAGCAUUCCGAAUGGGGUCGGAAGUGUUGGGAAAUCUUCUUGGACAAUUCGUCAUGGGUCUGUCCUUGUCACUGUACCAGCUACGUCUAAAUAAAAAGGUUCCCCAGUGCCGCUCCUUGAACGACACGGCCACCAUACCACCCGAGGAAGUGGAAGUUAAGGAUCAAGGGUAUCUAGUUGGUGCCGCUGUCCUCUGUAGCCUCUUUUUCAUCUGCUCCAUGUGCGCCAUUUUUGGAACAAAAGAGGUUCUAUCUCCAAAGAGGAAGACCAAGUACGAGGAGUCAUUUGGGCAAGCUGUGAAGAGUGUCCUGACCUUUGGCCCCUGGGUCAAACACAUCGCUUUCCUGAUUCCGUUCGUCUUGGCAGUCAACGCAAUGCAGGGGAAUUUCGUCUUGUACUCUCUUCACACCCUUGGAAUGACAAACUACCAGUCAACGAUCAUUAUAAUUUUGAUCUCAGCAUUUUUAUUGAUGCCGCUAUGGCGCAGGUGUGUGAAGAGAUUGGGCAAGAAACUGACGUUGUUCAUUGGCUUGCUGCCGUCUGUUCCGCUGCUUGUAAGCUGGGGUAUCGUCCCGUACGGCGUCACGUGGGUUCAGUACAUUAUGGCAAUAUUGAUGGGAAAUGUCGUUGCUGUCGUCCAGCUGAUACCAUGGAGUAUGGUUCCUGACGUUAUCGACGACUUCUUACUGAAGAAGAAGAGAGGGUACGAGACCAUCUUCUACACAUUCUACAUCAUGAUUGUGAAACUUGGAUCAGGAAUAUGCAUCGGAGUCACCACCAUAGUGCUCGGAGUCGUCGAGUUCAAGCCCGGGGUGUGUGAGGUCACGGAUGAGGUCAGAUUCGCCUUACGGCUGAUGAUCACAUGCAUACCUGGUGGCUGCAUCCUGAUUGGUCUGCUCUUCCUAUACCUUUAUCCAAUCACGGAGGAGAUACGCAAACAGAACCAAACCAUUCUGGAGAUUUGGAGGGACGCUGGCGACGACAAGAGACGCCAGACUAUGAAACAUUCAUCGGCGCAGAGAUUCCGAUCAAGGUCAAUAAGAACACCAACAAUGAGUUUCAGUUAAUUGGAGAAAAAAAAUCAGACGAACAGUAGACGUUUGUACUUCGAAGUUCUGUAGCGUUUUUCUCCCAGAGCCCUCUUCGGCUAAGAAAGUCAUAUAUAUUAAAUUUUGGAGUAAAAGCUGCAAGAGCAAUUUGUCAAUGGAAAAUGCCAAACGGGCAAUAAAACAAAACACAGGAAAAGGCGAACUUAAACGUUGGUUAUUUUUAUUCAACUUUAAACGAUUAAAAAGUAUUGCUGUUUGUAUGUAUUGAAAUUCACAUUCAGUGUUUACUUCGUAAGGAGCUCACAGCAGAUAGGCUAAUGGAACGUACAGAAGAAAAGUGUAGCAAGUGUACAUUUUGUUGUUGUUCCUUUAAAAAGAACAAUGACAUGUUUGAAAUAAAAGGAACUUAAGUCGGCUACAGUACUGAAAAGUGUUAACGUAAAAAUAAAGCGUCUAAAGGUGAUAUUCAUAACACAUGCAGUAUUCUUUCGAAGAGGUACAUUUUCUUUGAAAUACGUUUAGUUAAUUGUAAACGAUUAGUGUACAUAAUCAGGUUUUGGUACAUUCCAUUUCAGUUAAAAGCUUUUUAUGGUUUUAUGCAUUGGUGGCUUAAAGCCAGAUGUACUUCACCAUGUAAUAUAUGAAACUAUAUCAUAUGUAAAAUAAUCUGUACUCAUUUAAAUAAUAAAUUGACAAUGCAGAAAAAAAUUAAGAGGUUCCUUUGUUAAUUCAAUUAUGAAUCAAAUUAUGCUUAACAGUGCAAUUUGCAUACAAAUUAAUUUAGCCACUUGUUUUGUGAGAUCAAACAUUUACCACUGCUAAGUACACAAAAAAGUUCCAUGUUUAGUAUUAAGGAUUUGUUUGUACAUGCUUUGGAUUUUAAUGAUGCUCAAGCGUCCGUUAUGUUUGUGGAACUUCCUGUGAUUAUUUUGUGAGGUGAAUGAUGUAAACAAGCGAUGAAG